UAUGAGUUAAAAUAAUGACUUUCCUCUCAGCUGAAUGCAAUGAAUUACUCAUUAAUGAUAUUUAUGAAAUAUAUUACAGAUUGAACUUCAUGAUCUUGAAAAACAAAUAGCAGCUAUUACUGAGGAAGCUAAAGAAACAGAGAGGCAAAUGCAUCAGCAAGAUGCUACCAUGGAGAGUUCUAAACUUCACUGUGGACUCUUGGAAGCUCAAACUGAGUCCUUAUAUUCAGAAAGUGUAAAGCUUAAAUUUGAUACAGAAACAGCCCAAGAAAAAUUUGAGGAACAAAUGAUAAAAUAUAAUUCAUAUUAUGAAAAAAUAAAAGCUUAUAAAGAUAAUUUAGAAGAGAUAAAAAGCCAGCUUAUGACCAAACUCUGUGAAAAACGAGAUCUCAUCAAAAACCUAAAGUCAAAGAAAGAAGAUCUUACAGAAAAUCUGCAAAAUUCACAAGGGAAUCAGACAAUACAUAUACAGGAAGACAUUUCAAAGAUAAAGAAUAAAAUCAUGACAGUAAAAAAUUCAAUCAUUGAGAAAACACAUUUUCUUGAGGAAGAGAAAAAGACACAUGAAAAAUUAAGAAAAGAAAUAGAGGUACAACAUAAGAGAUAUGAUGCAAUUCUUAAGCGUUUGCAUUGUCAGGUGAACAAGAUUCAGUUAAACAGGAGAAAAUGGCAAUGGAACAUCCAACAACUGGAGAAAACUGCAGCUGAGUUAAAAAAGCGCAUUGGAGUGAAGGAAGCCAGCAAGAUGCAGAACAAGCCAACAACAUUGUGAGAGAAAAUACGCUGUGAAGCCCCUUGGGAUUCUUCCCAUCCAGCGCCCAGUACCAGAGGCCUGUCUCAGUGACAGAUAUUUUCUUUUUCUUUUUCUCCUCCUCCUCGUCCUUAUUUUUUGUCUUGACUCGGGUAUCUAUUAGUUAAAGUGCCUCCCUGUGUAUAGUGCAUAGCACUAGGUAGACAAUACCAUUUCUCAGAGGAAGCUAUUAAAAAGGUG